AUAGGUGUGUGACGCGUUGGGGUGCUAGCUGGGCAAAGGCAUAGCUGGACUUUUUGUUUCAUUUCCUCUGAAUUCCUACCUUUAAGCUGUUUGUUUGCUUGCUCGUUCAGUAAAACAGGUAAUUUUAUAGACUGCAGCUCAAUGGGAAAGGUGUAGCCAUGUUCAGCUUUGAGGGAGAUUUCAGGAGGACCCCAAAAGUGUCGCUUGGUGGGGCGAGUAGGAAGGAGGAAAAAGCAUCUCUGCUUCAUCGGACACAGGAGGAAAGACGGAAACGAGAGGAUGAGAGGAGACGGCUGAAAAAUGCAAUAAUCAUCCAGUCUUACAUAAGAGGCUUCCAUGAAAGAAAGCGUCAGCAUGCCAUCCAGAGGGCUCUCUUUGACCGCUCGGUGAGUCAGGCCCAGUCACUCCACAGCCCAGCGCUUGUGGACAGCGCCACCCUCAGGCUGCUGGGGAGACAGCUGCUGUUUUUCUACUGCCACAGUGAGGACACGCACAGGCUGAUCUGGCUGUGUCAGAGUGUCGUGAAGCACCAUGCCCAGUUUGUGAAGCUAUUGGCUGGGCCGCAGGGAUCCACAUGUGUAUUCCAGAUCAAGAGGCUUCUGGGACACUGCUGCAGACUGCUGCAGCAGUGUGCAGAUGAGCGUGUGAAUGUGACUGUGCCCAUGCGCAUGGUGGAAGUGUUCUGCUGGGAGAAGACCUACCUGCCUGUGCUGCACGACCCCGGUGCUGCCACAGCACUUACUGAGCAGAUAUUGCACUAUAUGGUACAGAAAGGAUACUACAGGUCUGUGUAUGCCUUGGUGAAUCAUAAGUUACCGUCGAGUCUGGAGUACACAGAUGCCCCUUCUGUUCCUCUGGCACACACACUUCUGCAACACACACUCAAACCCCUGCACUUUACCUACACUUCCUGCCCUGAGGGAGCCAGGCAGUCAGUGUUCUCAGCCUUCACAGAAGAGUUCAUCUCCCCUCCGUUCACGGAGCAGGUGUUUGAUUUCUUUGUGCCAGCUCUGGCUGACCCUAGGGGAGUGUUCCCGUUUGAGGACUUCCUUUGGUCCCUGCAGGCCACCGUAGCCUCCUCAGCCCUGGCCCAAGCUCACGCACCGUGGCUCUUCUACUUCGUGCUGUCAGUCGGAGAAACCAGCCUGGGUUCUCUCUCUGAUGAAGGCUUGCUCCUGUAUCUGAAGACACUACAGACUCUCUUACCACUGCUGCCUGUGACUGAGAGCCGGAGCACAUCAGAGAUAAACAGUGACUCUGAGGAUGAGGACGACACCACGAUACACUCCACACACACACAGGAUGAAGGCAGGGUCUCUGUGCAGCUCAUCACUGAGUCCUGUCUGCAGAAGUUGGACUCCCGGCAGCAGACAAACGCGCUGCUGGCUCUGGUGUGGAGAGACUCAGCCAGCGAGGACGUCUUCACUAUGAUGGCCUCCAUCUGCCACACACUCAUGGUUCAGCACCGCAUGAUGGUGCCCAGAGUCAGGCUCCUGUACAGCUUGGCGUUCAACGCUCGCUUCCUUAGACACCUGUGGCACUUAAUAACGUCCAUGAGGACCAAGAUGAUAACAGGGUCUCUGGUGUCUCUGCUCCAGCUCCUGUCCCGUGGUUCCUCCAUGUCUGCGGAGGACUCCAGCAGAAUCAUUCCUCUCUUCUACCUGUUCAGUUCCCUCUUCAGUCACUCUCUCAUCUCCAUCCACGACACGGAGUUCUUCGGAGAUGCCAUGGAUGGCCAGAGAGCUCCGUCGAUGAUGCCCUUCUCACUGGCGGAGCUGGUGACGCUGUCCCGGUGUCUGCGUGAUGCGUGUCUGGGCAUCAUUAAGCUGGCCUACCCUGAGACCAAGAGCGAACACCGCGAGGAGUACGCUGCCGCCCUGCGCAGUGUGGGCGUGUCUCCCAGAAGCCAUGCCCAGCAGUGCAUACAAGCUCAGCAGAAACGCUGGGUCCAACUCUUUAAGGUGAUUACAAACCUGGUGAAGAUGUUGAAGGCACGUGACAUCAGACGAUCCUUCUGCCCGGAGGGUCACUGGCUGUCUGCUGAGGUUAACAUCCGAGCUGAUAAGGUGACCCAGCUGUAUGUUCCCUCUGCUAGACAUGUAUGGAGGACUAGAAGAAUGGGUCGAAUUGGACCUCUUCAGUCAACGUUAGAUGUUGGGCUGGAUCCUCCCCAGCUGUCUGUAUCAGAGGAGAGGCACCUGGCCAUCCUCACUGAGCUACCUUUCGUUGUGCCCUUUGAGGAGAGAGUGAAGAUCUUCCAGAGGUUGAUCUAUGCUGACAAGCGAGACAUACAGGGAGAUGGCCCUUUCCUGGACGGCAUCAACAUCACCAUCCGACGCAACUACAUCUAUGAGGACGCCUACGACAAAUUGUCCCCCGAGAAUGAGCCAGAUCUGAAGAAGCGUAUCCGGGUACACCUGCUUAACGCCCACGGCCUUGACGAGGCCGGUAUCGAUGGCGGUGGGAUUUUCCGGGAGUUCCUGAGUGAGCUGCUUAAGUCGGGGUUUAACCCCAACCAGGGCUUCUUCAGAACCACCAACGAGGGUCUGCUGUACCCUAGUCCUACGGCUGAGAUGCUGGUCGGAGGCAGCUUCACGCGACACUACUACUUCCUGGGUCGGAUACUGGGCAAGGCCCUGUAUGAAAAUAUGCUGGUGGAGUUGCCGUUUGCUAGUUUCUUCCUCUCCAAGCUACUGGGGACCAGUGCUGAUGUGGACAUCCACCACUUGGCAUCUCUGGACCCAGAGAUGUACCGCAACCUGCUGUUCCUCAAGAGCUACGAGGGAGAUGUGGAGGACCUGGGCCUCAACUUCACCAUCGUCAACAAUGACCUGGGAGAAGCCCAGGUGGUUGAGCUGAAGCCAGGUGGGAAGGAUAUCCCGGUAACCACGGCAAACCGGAUCGCCUACAUCCAUUUAGUGGCCGAUUACCGUCUGAACAAACAGAUCCGAGCUCACUGCCUGUCGUUCCGGCAAGGCUUGGCCAACGUGGUGAACCUGGAGUGGCUACGCAUGUUUGACCAGCAAGAGAUCCAGGUUUUGAUCUCUGGUGCCCAUGUGCCUAUCUGUCUGGAUGAUCUGAAGAAAUUCACCAACUAUUCAGGCGGCUACUCGGCUACUCACCCGGUGAUCAAGAUCUUCUGGGAGGUGGUGGAGAGCUUCAGUGAUGAUGAAAAGCGCAAACUGCUCAAGUUUGUCACCAGCUGCUCCCGCCCUCCGCUACUGGGCUUUAAAGAGCUGUAUCCAGCCUUCUGCAUCCACAAUGGUGGCAGUGAUCUGGACCGUCUGCCCACUGCCAGCACCUGCAUGAACCUGCUGAAGCUUCCCGAGUUCUGUGAACAGCAUCUGAUGAGGAGCAAACUUCUCUACGCAAUCGAGUCCUCCUCGGGGUUUGAGCUCAGCUGAGACGCUCAUGGAACGAUCCUGUUGCCAUGGAGAUAGGCCGGGAAGAGGGUGGGAGGGGUGGGGGGUGUGGUGGAGCUUUGUUUGCAGUGGGCCGGUGCUCUUUCACAGGGAAAAGGAUGCUAAAAUCCAGAGGUGUAAAGUAGACCAUGGAACCUCUGAUGUUUUAUGGUGGGAGGACACUUGACUCUUCAGGGCAGGACAGGUGUACUGACUUACUCUGACUUUGGAUCAGUAAUAACAGAUUCAAAGCAUCAUGAAAGGAAGUGACUGUCCUGCUCCAAACCCCUGAUGGGAAACCCCAGACACCAUCACUCAAGGCAGUGUGAUCUGUAUCAACACACGAUGCAUAUUUCACCAAAGAUUUCACUAGGAUGUUGAGAGUAUGUUCAGGACUAUGUGCUAUGUUGGCCUUUGAAAGAGAGGAGUAAAAACUUAAGUAUUAGCUGCCCUCAUUGAGACUAACUUCAUCACAGACUAGAGGUUAGUCCAUCUAAUGAAAGGACAGUAAAAUAUACGCUGAAACAAGCCUUUUUCCCCACAAGCACAUGCUGAAGAUCAUUUAGCUCUGCUUUCCUGCAUGCAGAAUUGCAUUACUAAUUUAGCAUUAGCCAACACGAUGCUGUAAUUUUAGCUACAAUAAAAAAAUGUUUUUCAUGGCUUGCACAGUAGCUAAAGGGAAAUUCUACCAGUUGUUUCUUAAAAUUGUUUUUAAAUGCAUAGAAGAAAAAUCUUUUUGCAGUUUUUCAACCUUGGAGACCUUGAAAGGCAAAACCAUCCAGAUCACUCUUCAGAACUCAAGAUGGUGAUGGUGUCAGUGUUCAGAAUUCAACAUAUCUUUCUAAAUUGUUAAAAAGACUUUGUAAUGAAACAUGUGAAGUGGUUGAAGACUUUUCUAAGUGGCAGGCAUGGUAGAGGAAGCUUGGUCUUGAAUGGUGCAGUUUAAUGCAGAUCAGGUGUGCAGUAAGCAGGACUCUCCUAGGUGCAGAUGGUGAGGACUAUAAGGGGAGUGUGGCAGUGUAGGGGGAACAUUCCUCCUCAUUUCUAGCAGACACAUGACAUGUGAAGGGACUGACAUAUUUCCAGAGUGCUGGUAGUGUAGGGUAUGAUUUUAAGAAGGUGUGUGUGUUUACUUUCCUCUACAUGAAUAUCAAGGUGUUGUAAAAUUAGAGUGUGUGUACUGUCAGUUACUGAGAGAUGCACGUUGGCAUAGCAGAGUUGAUUCAUUUUGUGCACUCAAUACAAAGUUUGUGGCUGACUAAAUACUUCACGCGUUGAGCCUUAGCACUAAAACUGAAAUGAUGCGUUUGUGCAAUAAUGUACACAGUCAGAAGCAGGAUGUCUGGCUCACACUGUCUCUGUAAGAGAAAGAUUACAAGAAAAGGCAAUGAGCCUGUCCGUGCUGUUCACAUUAUUGGUGAGGUGAGCCUGUUCGUGCUGUUAACAUCAUUGUUUGUUGAGGGUUUUUCUGUUCAGUUUUUUGUCUAUAUCCUCUGAAUAAGAAAUGAUUCCUUUGGCUCCUCCCCUUGUUUUGGACUCAACAUCACCCCCUGUUGGUGUGAAUGUGUGUACACGGGCAGUUUGGCGCUGUUUUGUUCUCUCCUGCUGUGUGUAGUCUGGGCUUCCUCUCAGCCAAAACAGCCUGUUGAUUUCUAAAUUCAGCACAGACAGUGUGAUUCCACACCUCCCAGAAUGCAUGCUUGAGGCUGUAUUUUUCCACAAUAUUGCCUCGUGGCCCAGUGGAAUGACAGACUGUUUACAACUGCAGUGAUGGCACCAGUGUGGAGAGGCUGUCCGUGAGUUACUUCAGGUCUGAGGUAGUUCUGGUGAAACUUUAAUCCACCUGUUUCUCUGCCUUGGAUUAUCUCAAAUAACCAAACCUUGUCCUGAUCACAGAGCAAAAUAUCUAUGUAUUUGAAUGUAUGAAAAAUUAUUAAAUGUUUUUUUUAUUUUAUUUGCAAUAGAGAUAAGUAAAUCUUUUGGUGAAAGUGUG